CUAACACUAACAUGGCCCUUUUCAAAGCAUACGUGCUGAAGAGGCAGGCUCCAGCCCACAUGCCCAGCACCACUGUGCCCGUUGCAUCUGUCCCCACUGCUGCUGUGCCCACUGCCACUGUGUCUGUUCCUCCUCCACCUACUGCCACUAAGAACAGGCCUCUGCCGGCAACCAAUGUGAAGGCCCUGUUGGCGCGGGGGAAGCAUUUAUCUGCUUCACUGCUGGCACAAAAGAUUUUGUCUCCAGCCAAACCCUCUGCAGGACCACGUGUACCUCCUGCGUCUGAGUCCGCAGCCCGGAGACAGCUCUUUACAUGUGACUCUGCUGCUAUGGAUUUUUUUGAGGAGGAAGAUGACCUGGAGAUGGCAACUGUAGCCUCGCAAGCUGAGGAACAACUUCCUCAAGAGGAAUGGCACUUCUCAGGUGUCAAUCUACAUUCACUCUUUGAGUGAACAUCCUCAAAGGAAAAAAGAGAAUUUAAAGCCACUGCAGGCUCGAGAGGCCCUGCUCCUGCUCCUGCUCCCGCUCCUGCCCCCUAUCCUGCUCCUCCAGCAUUGUGGACCCCUGGCCAGGUGUCCCAGUCGCCUGCAGAGCUUCCUGUCCACUGGAAAGAGCAACUCCCAUCUUUCCAGCAGGACUGGAUCAGGAAGACUCUGUUCAGGGCCAACGUAAAAACAGGGAAGCCUGAGCUGGUGCCACAUCCCAACUUCUGGUGGUACCCUCCCCAGCCCCCGACCGUCUUCACCCAGCCCCCUACUUCUCCUGAUAUUUUCUUCUGCCGCCCUCUGUUCCUCUGGAUGCCGCUGAAGAUGUGGUCCAUUCCACUUGUCUGUGUCCAGCCAGCCUGCAAUAACCACAAGCUGACAGCUGCUGGCCUUUAUCGCACUGUGCGCAAGGUCCUGGACAUAGACGGGUGGUAUGACAUGGCCACAGAGUAUCUGGAGUGCAAAGGGUGCAAGAAGAAGUAUCCAGCCUGGUCUGAAGACAUCCUGGGACAGCUCGACAUGGGACACCGCAGAAAAUUCCCCGCCAUUCUGACAUACAGGUACUCGUGUGACUACCGUGUAGUCAUAAUGAUGCGGGAGAGGACCCGGGGGAACAGUGUCACACAGCUUUUCAAAAAGCUGCAGGAGCUGCACACCUCAGCGUGGUCACAGCGGACGCUGGAGUACCUCACUGUCUGUGAGCCCUUCACAGACUCCUCCAUUGUUGAGCCUCCACUCUUUUCUGCGCCCCCGCCCCUCCCACCCAUCCCCAAACCCAAGUGGCUGUUGUCUGUGUAUGCCAGGGACGUCCUCUCGCGGCUACCUGAGGUCAAGGCCAAAAUAACCUCAGUCUUUGGCUCUGUCCUCAAGAUGGACUCCACCAAAAAGGUCACCAAAAAACUGGCCGGCGCUGCUGCCAACACUGCUGGUUGGUGCACUAAUGUUGGCAAUGAGCACGGCCAGGUGUUGGUGUCAGUCCUCACAGCGGCAGAGGGGCAUGGAUUGUGGCCCAUGGCGGUGGGUCUCAUGAAGAGGUACAGGGAGGCGGGAGUGGCACCACCCGCCAUCAUGUAUGUGGACAGAGACUGCUGCAGUCCACAUGCACACAGACAGUCGCAGGUCAGAGCCAUGUUCAUAGAGUGGGAUGAGCUCCAAGUGCGCCUAGACAUUUGGCACUUCAUGCGGCGCUUUGCAGCAGGUGUCAUCACGGAGGCUCAUCAGCUCUACGGCACCUUCAUGGCUCGGCUUUCCAGGUGCAUCUUUGAGCUGGAUCCUGAUGAUGUCGCUGCUCUACGGUUGGCCAAACAGGGGGAGUUACAGGCCAGAGGAGCUGGUCCAGUCUCAGAGAAGGCUCUGGAUAAGCUGAUCACCAGGAAGGAGUUGGCACUGCACUGUCGGAAGCGGACCAGAGGAGUGGAGGAGACCACCUGGAGGAUCAAGGCGCUCAUUGAUGAGAUGGACAGUGAGAAGGGGAGGGACACUCUGGGUGUACCAUUGCUGGACCACGAGCGAAUCCAACAGGUCUGGAUAGAUCAGCAGAGGCACAUCGCCUGUAUUCAGGACCCAGAGGGCUUCCCUCUGUACCAGAAGACAGACACACUGAAGAAGGGUGGUGUGGAGCUCAGCUGCUAUCGCUGUGCUCGUGGCUCCACCUCCUUGGAGUCUUUCCACCUCCAUUUAAAUCGCUUCAUCCCAGGGACCAGUGCCAGUGAUGCGCAUUUCCAGGCCUAUCUCCUGGAAGGCCUGAUGCGCUGGAACCAGGACCGGAUGGAUGAAGCAGUGAGGGGAAAGACUGACCUGAGGAUCUACAGUAGCAUUGAGAGGGAGGCAAUGGACCGGCUCAGCCGCAAAGUGCUGAAGGUGUCCCUGGAUGACCGCUACCAGCCUCCAGGGGCUUACACAGGGGAGCUGCUGGGUAUGGAGUAUCUGUACAGUCAGUCUGGGAAAUCCCUGACUGUUAUGGAUAACCCAGAAGAGGAGGAUCGGCUGGUGGAGCAGAUGACUGAUGAGGUGGUGCAGGACGAAGGCUUUGUUGAGGAGGAACCUGAGGACCUCACAGUGCCAGUCCUCUAUGACCCCAUUGAGCCUGUCCCAGUCCACAGCAGCAGCCCCCAGACCUUCAACCCCUGUCCCUCUGCACCAGGACCAUCCUCACUACAUCCACCCACAGGACUGCAGCACCCUGCCCACCCUCCUCUGCAGUCUCCUCCUCUGCGCCCUGCCCACCCUCCUCUGCAGUCUCCGCUUCUGCGCCCUGCCCACCCUCCUCUGCAGUCUCCGCUUCUGCGCCCUGCCCACCCUCCUCUGCAGUCUCCGCUUCUGCGCCCUGCCCACCCUCCUCUGCAGUCUCCGCUUCUGCGCCCUGCCCACCCUCCUCUGCAGUCUCCUCCACAGCCUUCUGUCCAGCCAAGUGCUGCCUCUGCUCCUGCAACAUCAACUGGGUCCAGUGUUGCAGACCAGGCUCCUGCUCCUGUUCUUGGACCCGAUGGCGUUGCAGGCUGGGAUAAGGUGCAGGAUUUGGCUGAGUACCUGGUGUCCCUCCGUCAGGCACUCUACCUGGACGAGCAGCAGGUUACAGAGGUCAUCCGUCUGUGGACUGCUCUUCCUGAUGGGGACAAGAGGAAGAUCCACUAUCAGCCCAGACACCAGCCCAAACUGACCCACGGACGCUUCAAGGCUCCGAAAAACACAGGAGUGACACCGGGUGUGGACAGUGUGAAGAGGUGCCUGAUUGGUCAUCCUGGGGGGCCGGCUCAGUGGCCCAGCACCAGUCGCUUAGUUGAGGGCAUGUGCAUCAAACUGUGUGCACUGCACAAGUCCCCAACUAAGAAGGAUGGAGUCCGUCUUCCUCGUUGGACUAAGGUGCUCGCGGAUUACCACCACAUCCGAGACCUGGUGCUGAACUGCCAAACUCUGAUGGAGGCCACGUCACUUCAGCUGUUUAUGCUGAAUCAGAGGACUCUCACUCAGUGGUUUAAUCGAAGGGAGAACACCCAGGAAGUGACUGUCCUUACCCAGGGCCUUGCUGCAGAAGACCGCAUAGCUGUGGCCAGCUCACAGCUGCCUGCUCCGCGGGAAAAGCUGGAUGAGGCUCCCUCCACAUCAGGGGCCCGGCACGAGUUUGUCCUUCCUCCUAACAGAGCGGGACAGGCUCCUAAGCUACGGCCGGGCAGACGACCUGCCAGUGCUACAAUUGUGCGGCCAAUUAUCCCAGCAGCUCCUACUCCUCCCCCAGUUCCUGUGCCACUGCCCCAGUUCAUUUUAUUGAACACUGCGCCCACACUGCUUGCAGCUGGUGCAGGUGGCGCUUCAGCUGCUCCUCUCCUGGCUCCAACUCCAGUGUUUCCUGACGUGCGAGAGGCUCCUGCUCCCACUGCCCCAGUGUCUGUCUCCCGCUUCACUCAGAGGAACAGACGACGCAGGGCAGAAGAGGAGGCCAGUGGAGCGCAAAAAAGGAAAUAUGUCCGUGAAGUGGCUUUUAACAAAUGCUCUAAGUGUGGCAAGCCCAAAACCAAGGAGUUCGGCCAUAGCCGCUUCGGCAGUGCCACGUUUUGCCCCAGUGUCUCUGGUGGCAAAUCUUUAGAGGAGUGGCUGGUAGAACAGCGCCAGCAGAAAAAACCUGAACAGCCACCUCCAUAA